AUGUCAUCAUCAACCAGCCAUCACCAGUCAAGCCAACAACUCAACCAACUCCAUCAACAUCAACAGCAACAACAGAAUGAUAACCAACAACAAACCACAAACCAAUUCAACUUACCACCCCAACAAACCUCAGACAAACCCCAGCUCAACCAGCAACAGGCAAAUAAAACCACCAAGCCAAUCACCAAGAGAAGGAAGGUAGCCAAGGCAUGUCUGUUCUGCAAACGAUCGCAUAUGACCUGCGAUGACUCUCGUCCGUGUCGAAGAUGUAUCAAACGAGAGAUCGGACAUCUCUGCUGUGAUGAACCACCAUCAGCCAGUGAAAGAUCUAACCUACUAGCAACCAUCAAGAACCAUUCCCAACCAACCCAAACUCAACAGCCAUCCCAAAACCAAUCAGCAUCAGCAUCAGCAUCUCAUCAUCAACAACAGCAACAGCAACAGCAGCCUCAUCCUACCUCUCAAAACCAAUUCAAGAAACAAACCGAUCAGCAACCAUCGAUCAGCAAAUCUUCACUCAUCGAUCCUUCCAUCUCAGCCCCUAACCAACUUAACCCCCUCACACCAGCAAUAGACUCUCUCAACAACCCAAUCAAUCAACUUUCUCAUUUCACCACUCUCUUCAGCCCUCGCCUCUUGCUCAGUCCCUCAUCCACAGACUCGCCCCUCACCAACCCACUCGAUCAAUCACUAGCUUUCUUUCGAGGCUCUAGCGGACUUAAGUUAUUUGAAGAACCAGCCGAAUCUACUCAUGAUGACCCAGAACAAUACCUCAAGAAUGGUCUACUUGAGGAUAGUAAGGGGACCCCAGACUCGAAGGCAGAGGGAUCGAUGAUCGACUUGAGCGAGUUCUUGAACACCUAUCCCGGCCUAUUCUCAGAGAACAUCGGAAAUCUUAAUCAAAGCCUUCACAGGUCUUCGGCAACUAACCAGGAACUUCUAGAGACCACCGGAAUCUCCCCGGCUGCGAUCAACUACGACCAGCUCAUCUCGAGCGCAAACGAGCCUUCUUCGCUCACGUUCCUCAGUCAUUUGGACUCAGUCCAGCCACUGGAUCUCCAACAGAACACGGAAGACCGCUUAGGACAAAUCAUCCGCAGCUCUGGCCUCGAAGCGUUUGAUUAUUCCGAGUCGGAAAGAGAGACGACCCAAUGGAUCGAUACCAAAAUACCAGAGCCUUCAAAGAGCAAGAUGCAGGCACUCUGGAACGAAUCUCAAAACCUCUUUUCUUCGAUCACCAGUCAACAGAGCGCAGAAGAUUCGAUCGAAGCUGAAUAUCAAUUCCAGCGGAACUUGGUGACCUGUCUCCCAAUCUUGGAUACCUUACCUAUCCCAGGGUGCAUAUGGAGACGGAGUGGCGAGAUCUAUAAGACCAAUGAACAGUUCAAUCAUCUCGUUGGGAUCCAUUCAUUCCCCUGUUUCUCUCUCCUAUCUUCUUUUGAUAGUCAUCAUCAUAAGAAAUCUGGUGAAUUCAUUAAGAUUCAUCAGCUCUGGGACAUCGAUAGUGGAUUAAACUUUUUGGAAAAAUUCAAUCGGAUCGCCUUAGAUGAAGGUCAAAAAGCCGUCUUAACUUCGUGUGUUUUGUACCGCUUCAAAGAAAAAGAAGAGGUCCAGCCGACGACGAGGAAGGCAGAAGAACCAAGACCACCCUCGCGAUCUUCAUCAAGCUCCCGAUCGACGACCCACGAGGCCAAACAAAAUCCAGACCAACCAUCCGUCUCCAAUCAACGUCAACCAGAAGGAGAAAACGGCCAUCAGAAGACCGACGAACUCGAUGGACCUAAGUUGAUCUCUGCCACUUCUUCUGAUCCUCUGAUCGAUCCUACUCCUCCUUUGCUUCUUCUUAAGGAGACCACCGAGCAACCCUACGAAUUCGUCGAUGCUGGAAAGACGUUCGUCGUCGCUGAUCGGGUCAAUUGUACCUUCUCCUUCACCGUUCGGAGGGAUUCAUUCGGCUUGCCUUGUCUCAUCAUUGGUAAUUUCUUACCUUCAUGAACAAUCUCUCCUUCAAAGAAUGAAGAUCUGUCUCAACCUUUAGAUUCUAUUCUUAUCUUUGUUUGAGAACCAAAAACAAAAACAAGUAUUUUUUUCUUGUCUCUAUUUUUCUCAGUCUUGCGGUGAGUACAUAUACACAUAUAUAUAUAUACUCUUCGUUCUUCAACCUUGACACAUUCUUGAUAUCACAAAACUGCAAGAU